ACAUUUACCUCAAAAUUAUUAGUUUUUCUUUAAAACUCGCAACACCUGUAUCGGUCUUGGUUGGAAUGCAGAAAUAAUUUAAAUUUCCCUCUAAGGACAGUGCGAAUUCUAGUGAAAGGAAGAUAAAGCUUCAACGAAUCUACCAUACAGAACUCGUGUCAGCCGAGAUACAAACCUCUCCGGAAAUAACAUAUGUUUGACGAAGUUUCAUGCGGUCUGUGGGUACGACAACUUCAGCCAUUUUCUGUCGAAAAGUGUUUAUUUUCUAGAUUUUGAUCAAAAUUAAAAUCGCAAUUAAAUGUCAGAACCACAGUCUGCACUUUUAUUAAGAAAACAACUUGCAGAACUUAAUAAAAACCCUGUAGAGGGAUUUUCCGCAGGCCUUAUAGAUGAUAAUGAUAUUUAUAGAUGGGAAGUAUUAAUAAUUGGUCCUCCAGACACAUUAUAUGAAGGUGGGUUCUUCAAAUGUCAUUUAUAUUUUCCCAAGGAAUACCCACUAAAACCACCAAAAAUGAAAUUUAUAACAGAAAUUUGGCAUCCCAACAUUGAUAAAAAUGGGGAUGUUUGUAUAUCAAUUUUACAUGAACCUGGGGAUGAUAAAUUCGGAUAUGAGAAAGCAUCAGAACGGUGGUUGCCUGUCCAUACUGUAGAAACUAUUUUAAUUUCAGUUA